CUCAUCAGUACAGAUACUAAGAUGGAAUAGGAGCAAAUAAGUCCAGUUGUUGGUAAUGGUGCCUGCAACUUACCUGCACAUAAAAAAGAUCCUUUUUUGCAAUUAAAAUGACUUUUUUACAAUCAAAAUGAGAAAGAAAUGCUGAGUCCUUGUCAUCGGAGACUCCAUCCCGAGGGAAACGGAGGGUCCCAUCUGCCGAUCCGACCCCAUGGUGCGCGAGGUCUGUUGUCUACCUGGGGCUUGGAUUCAGGAUGUUACAGGCAUGAUCCCGAAACUCAUUUGAACCUCGGACCAGCACCCCAUGGUCCUUAUCCAUGUGGGAACAAAUGAUGCAGUGGGAAGCAGUCCAGACCGCAUCAUGAAGGACUACGAGGCCCUGGGAUACAAUCUCAAGGAGGUGGCGGUGCAGGUGGUAUUCUCCUCUAUUCUCCCAAUACGUAGACAUAGUCGGCGCCAUGAGGCCUGCAUCGGAGUGGUCAACCAGCGGCUUCGGAGUUGGUGCUACCAGGCAGACCUCGAGUUCCUUGACAACGACCCACUUUUUGUGCAGGGGACAUGCUCAGGUGGGAUGGGCUUCACCUUUCCCCUAAAGGCAAGCGUGUCUUUUCUGCCAGGUUGACUGAUCUCAUACGGCGUGCUUUAAACUAGCUUCGCCGGGGGAUGGGGCCACAGGGGGAAAUGAUGACGCUUCCCAGCCAAGACAGGUGCUGAGCACAAGAAGUACUCAGGGACCGAGACAUCCCCCCCACCGGGAUCCUGGACGAACUCAGGAGAGGCACAGCCGGGCCCAGGGUCAGAGAGGACCUGGUCAGGGCACUUGUGGUGGGACUGGACGUCUUCAAAUCAGCAGGUCCAGAUGAUCUCCGCCCAAGUGUGCUGAGGGAAUUGACAGAGGCCAUUGCGGGACCCCUGGCACAGCUCUACAAGCACUCAUGGUGCUCUGGCAAGGUGCCAGAGGAUUGGAAAAGGGCCAAUGUGGUCCCCGUUUUCAAAAAAGGGAGGAAGGAGGACCCAGGAAACUAUAGGCUCAUUAGUCUUACCUCAGUCCUGGGGAAGCUCUUUGAGAAAAUUAUCCAAAAACACAUCUGUGAGGGACAAGCAGGGGAGAUUAUGCUUAGGGGCAACCAACAUGGGUUCAUUAGAGGCAGGUCCUGUCAGACCAACCUGAUUGCCUUCUAUGACCAGGUCACAAAAUCCUUGGAUGCAGGUGUUGCGGUGGAUGUAGUCUUUCUGGACUACUAGGAAUAACGGCCAUAAAUUGUUAGAAAGUAGGUUCAGACUAAACAUCAGGAAGCACUAAUUCAGUCAGGGUGACCAGGAUCUGGAACCAACUUCCAAGGGAAGUGGUGCUCACUCCUACCCUGGGGGUCUUCAAAAGGAGGCUAGACAGUCACCUAGCUGGGGUCAUUUGAUCCCAGCAUUCAUUCCUGCCCAUGGCAGGGGGUCGGACUUGAUGAUCUGCUCAGGUUCCUUCCGACUCUACCAACUAUGAAACUGUGACUGCAAUCAAAAUGACUACAUACUAGCACCAAAUUUGUGACAGCCUGGCACGUCUGUAUGAGACGCUGACUGCAAAGUGGCUUGUUACUACUGUGCAGUAGCGUAGCAUGGCAUGAAGCAUGAUGUGAUGCUACUGUGCAGUAGUAAUGAGCUACUGCACAGUCAGCAUCACUAAAAAGCUGUUCAGCAAUGCUACUGUGCAGUAACACCAGUUACAAGUACUAAAUGAUUGCAGUAAUGACUGUACAGUCAGCGUCUCAUGUAGACUUGGCCCCUCUGGAGCAAAGUGAAGUUAUCAGAAGUAGCUACAAAACAAGUGAGGUCUGUAGAUAUGGGUAACAUAAUUAUGGAAAAGAAUAAGACUGUUCAAUAGGGAAGAAGAUUGUUAUUACCUGUGGAGUGCAGAGAAGUUAGCAAUGGGAACACAUAAAUUGUAAUAAGCCAUAAAACAAUUGUCUAUGUUUAGUUCAUGGUUUUUAAUAUCCAAUAAAAUUAUGAAUGCUGGUUUCUGCUGGCUUUACUUGUUUUGUAUCUUUGUCUUAUUACGACUCUUUGGUCCACAGGUUUAUUGCCCUCCUCCCCUUCAAAAAAUGUUUUAUUUACAUAAUGGGAGUUAAAAGUCAUGGUUUAAUCCAGUAUUUAGAUUGCUUUGAAUCACCUUUCCCAGAACUGAAGAAGGAUACUUUGUACCCCAAACUUGUCUAAUAUUACUCCCAAUUACACAGUUGGUUCAGUAACUAUACAGUUGGUUGGUUGGUUGCAUAUUCCCUGGACUAUCAUAGCUACAGCAACACUGACUCUGGCUAUCAUGGCUUAAGCUGGAGCCACUUGCUAAAACUCCAGAGCUCAGUGGUUGUAGCCUCCAGUUUUAUAGCUCAGAUAGAAUUUAGCCUCCGUUUCAUGGAACUCAUGCAAAAGUGCCCAAGUUCUUACUCUAUGUGAGGUGAACAACCAUGGCAGCUGGGUUUAGUGUAAAUGUUGCAGUCAUUUCUUGAGUAUAUGAAAAAAGAGGUAAAGACAAAUGGUCAAAUUUCAGAAAUAAGGUUUUUUGGUAAUAUUUUUUUAUUGUACCAACUUUAUCAUUGGGAGAAAUGUUAGAUAAGCUUCAGCCACAGAAUGUCCUUCCUUGGGUCUGGGUCAGAAGCAGGUAAAGCCUUAGCUAAUACCAGGUAGAACAGUCCUUUCCAUUUAACCUUUAAGGAAAGAGAUCACUUUUAAAACAAGAAAUGGACAGUAAACCCGUGGAGUAAAGGGAAGAUGGUUGUUCUUACCCCAGGAGCCUGGAGAGGUUAUCAGAAGGAGCAGAUGCAUUAGAUUGAGCCAUGAACAAUGAUAUUUGGCUCGGUGUAACUUAUGUUCCUCUUCCCUUUUGAACAGUCUUAUUCUUUUACACAACUGGCUUUAUCAUCGGUAACUGUCUUUGGCCUUUAAUGACUUCCGUUAACUGUGUGGUCUUCAAAAAGUAAUUUGGUGUGAACUACAGAUAAGCUUUCAUGUCUUGUCAACCUAAAAGAGCCAUGGUGCCCUACCCAGCCUUCCUAGUAAGGAAUUAUAAACCAACCAAAGAAGUUAAAAGGAUGGUUAACUCAACCUCCAGCUAAGUUACCAUUCCCGAAUAAACUUUACAGAUUUUGUGGUGGCUUUCACAGAAAUGCAUGUUUCAGUCCUAAUGAAUUCCCUAGCAUUCUCCUAUGGGAUGAUUGCAGUGGGUUGGCAUUUUCCUUCACAGUAAUGAAGACAGUAGAAAUAAAGGAGUUGUGGUGUGAAAAGCGGUACAGAAAUGCAAAGUAUAGGAAGGUGUUUGCACUUUUUAAUGUUGAUUCCACCUUUUUUUUUUCUAAUCCCUAUUUUAUAUCUUUCCAGAUCUGAAGUUUGCAUCAUUGUUGGAUAUUCCAAUCUUGAGAUCAGCCUAGAGCAUCCAUCAUCAGACUUGCUGGAAUCCAGCCAGCCUAGCAGCACUUUGAUAUAAAGCAAGAGUUACUCCAGGGAUAAAACAGAUUUCGGCACUCUCCAGGCACGGGAAAACAAGAAGAGUGGGUAAAGGUAGCUACUCGCUGCUCAGAAAAUGCUGGGUAAGAUCUUAAUUCUUUAGGAAUGCUGCAUUCUGCUUUGCAACCCAAGACCCUUAAAAUUCCCCAUGUCUUGGAGUCAUAUUUGAGAGGAAAUUAAUUUUAUGCCACAGAAUUUGCCCUGCAGGGAGGAAAAUCUGCUGCAUGGCAGAUGGCAUUUUAAGCCAUGAGGAAAUAGCAAAAUCCAUUAGGGACUUGAGUCAGUAAUUUCAACACCCAAAACUUUCCUAAAUUCUCAGACACAGCCCCAUGAUGCAUGCAAGUUUUACUUUCAAAUGUAACCAGUUAUAAUCCUGCUUAUAUGAAGAAGAACCAAGGUAGAAUGGUGCAAAAUUGCUCAGCCCCAGACAAAAGGGUUCUGAUGGGCAUCCUACCAUUCAUCCUGCAGCUUUAGUUGUUCUAAUUUAUUUGUAAAAGUUUGAGAAAUGGUCCAGGCAAGCACGUGCCAGUCAGCAUGGGUUCAUCCGUGAAAGAUGCUUUGUGAAUUCCCUUUGAGGAAAGAUUGGAGAGAGAGUGGGAAGGGGAGGAGGAAACAAUAGAAGAGGGGAAUGUUGAUAGGCAAUAAAAUGCAGCUGGGAAGUUAUAGAGAUGUUACUUGGGGUCACUGGAAGGCAGGCAGGUUAUAAUGUGCCAUAAAUCCAAUGUCUAUAUUUAGUCCAUGAUUUUUUGUAUCCAGUAGAUUUAUAAAGUAAAGUCUGUAGGUUCAUCUAUGAAAGAUGCCUUCUAAAUUCCCUUUGAGGAAAGAUUGGAGACAGUAGUUAUCUUGUGAGAAAUGUGCACCCACCAGUAAUUGGAUAUUUUUUAUGAACCAGUUCCUACCAUGGAUGACUCAUCGUUUGGAUGUGGAAAUUGGUUACCCAUAUCACAUAGCACUGUCACUCCUUGCUGCCACUUCCUGACUGGUAGAAACAUUUUAAACAAGAGCAUAUCAAAGGAGAAAUGGUGGGUUCCUCUAUUCCUUUGGGAAGACAGGCAUUGUGUGAAGGAGGGCCAGCUCCCAAGCACCUCUUCCCUGAUGUUCUUGAACAGCCAAUUCAAUAAGUGUAAACACAGUUCUCUCAAAUAGAUAGGUCAGGGCUGUCCAACUUCUCAUUGUGUGGGCAACAUGCCCCCCAGGCUGUAUGCCAGGUGGGCUGCAUGCCAUGGCAUGUUGCCACAUGGACACUCUCUGUCAGGCAGGCACCUGCCACACACUUUGCUGUAGGUGCCUCCUUUCCACUGUGCAAGUGCUCCUGCCACCCCCCAACUGCACUGUGUGGCCCCCAUCACACUGCAUGCCCUCCAUCAUUUGCACUGCAGAGUCCCUGGGUCCUUCAUCUCCCACAGCAGGAAACUCCCUUGGCUGCUCUGCCUUCUCCCACCUUGCCCAAGUGAGGUGAGGGGGGAUGAGGCAAAAUGUGGAAGCUGAAGUGGGAAGGGAGAGACCAAAGGCUCUGGCAACAGCAACUGGAGUGGUGGGGAAAGUGAUGUCUGGACUGGGAAUCUGUGGACCUCAGCUUAACUCUUUGGAGGUCCACAGGCCACCAGUUGGACAGCCCUGAUAGGUAAUCAUAUUAAACGCAUUCCUGCAUACUCAACAUUUUAGAUUCAAUUCUGGUUACAUUUGAUGGAGAAACCACAGCUAAAUCAGGAAGUGCACUUUGUACAUGCAAGUCAUUUUCCAUUUCGUGUACAACCAUGCUUCAUCGUGAUACUAAAGCAUCAUUAGCGAUGUAUUAUAGAUGCAGAGUGAUGAGAAAUUACUUUCCCCAUGUUUCCCAGUAAGCCAGUGUCAUAUCACAAUCGAGUAUGGUCAAGUCUCUUAAUCUACUGUUUCAUUCAAUGGACCAUGGGUAACACUCAAACUUUUCAGAGUAAUCGAGUAACACUUGAGAAACUAGAGGCAAUUUAAGCUAAAAGAAGGACAAUGGGUAGAGGAAAACAAAUUUAAAAAACACUGCUAUGGAAAAAUUCUGUUGAAAUUCAGCAGGAGAUAAGACCCUAAUUCAGCAAAAACCUGAAGUACACAUUUCAUUUUAAGCAUACCAUCUUGGAAUUAAUGCUAUAUUUAAACUUACGCAUGUACCUCAAAUGCUUUGCUCGAUUAGUGCCUAAACCAAUAAGUUCCUAUAAAAAUUAAAAAGUUUCUAUAGGAAUUAUUGCUAAAAGCUAUAGAGAAUGAUUUCCUUUCUCUAGCAUUGUAAGCUUAUCCCACAGUAUCUUAUAGAAAACUCUGUAUCCCUGGUUUAAAGAUUCUUUGGGAACCCUAAGUCUAUAAAGGCUUUUCCUGUAAAACGUUUGACUUAAGGAAGAAACUAAAAAUAACACUGCAGCCACUUCUGAUAUGGUAUAAUUUCCUGAUUACCAAAGCAUGUACUGAAAUCUUAGGCAGAGCAAUCAUGAUAGUCUAGAGUGUAUCUGUAUACGUUUUUUCUAUGAUGAAACAUCAGGAACUGCUGUCUAACUGUGCUGCAGUCAUGCAGGAUUAAGUAAUAUUUUAGUCGUCAGCCACACUCCUUUUCAGGUUCAGGGAUUUCCCUGUCCUGAGUUACCCAUGUGUACGAUCAACCCUCUGUUUUGCAUACCUAAUGCCAGCAGAGUAUAAAAGGCAUUCACGAUCCAACAGGGACACAGUACCACUGAGGUUACAGGCAAGAAACUUUGGCAGAGAAGGCUACAGACUUGGAAAAACUUCUCGUGAAAGCAAGGGAAGCCUCCUCCUCAUCACCUAAAUCACAGUAUCAGGGUUGAGAAGUAGCAGCAUAACUUAAAGUACACAAAAUGCUGUGCCCUUGGCAAUUUGCAUUCAAGAAUCAAGCCAGUAAGAACCGGUCCUUUGAAGAGAAAGAUGUAAAUAAUAAUGUGGAAAAAGCAGCCAUGAAAGAUCACAGCUUAAUGAAAGAAGAUGCCGAUAACCUGAGCAAGAAACAGAAUGAGAUACCGUAUGUCAAAACUGCAGCCGAGAAACCUCCACAAAAUGGCAUCAAGCCAGCAAACCAAAAUCCGAGGUGCCCAAGAUAUGUAAAAAUAAAAAACAUGGAAAAUGGCAGCAUCCUUCAAGAUACAUUGCACCUUCAGGCAAAGGAGGUUAUGAACUGCAGGACCAAGGCUUGCCAAGGGGCACUGAUGACCCCAAAAGGUUUUAUGAGAGGCCCUAGGGACAAGCCAGUGCCACCAGAGGAACUUCUACCUCAGGCGAUAGAAUUUGUCAAUCAGUACUACGGCUCGUUCAAAGAACCAAAAGUAGAAGAACAUCUGGCCCGAAUGGAAGCAGUUAAUAAAGAGAUAGAAACAACAGGAACCUAUCAGCUGACCAAAGAUGAACUUAUCUUUGCGACCAAACAGGCCUGGAGAAAUGCUCCAAGAUGCAUAGGAAGAAUCCAGUGGUCCAAUCUACAGGUGUUUGAUGCACGUGACUGUAAAACAGCCAAGGAAAUGUUUGAACAUAUCUGUCGCCACAUUGAAUACUCCACAAACAAUGGAAAUAUAAGGUCGGCCAUCACUGUCUUCCCUCAACGGACUGAUGGGAAACAUGAUUUUCGCAUAUGGAAUGGCCAGCUCAUCCGAUACGCUGGGUACCAAAUGCCAGAUGGGUCCAUCAUCGGAGACCCAGGCUGUGUGCAGCUGACACAGUUGUGCAUUGAUCUUGGGUGGAAGCCCAAGUACGGUCGCUUUGAUUUAGUUCCACUGAUUAUCCAAGCAAACGGCCAAGACCCGGAAAUAUUUGAACUGCCUCCAGAAAUUAUCCUUGAAGUGCCAAUGGAGCAUCCAAAGUACGAAUGGUUUAAAGACCUGGAUCUGAAGUGGUAUGCGAUGCCUGCUGUGGCCAACAUGUUGCUCGAAGUGGGAGGCCUGGAAUUCACUGGCUGCCCUUUCAACGGCUGGUACAUGGGCACCGAGAUAGGCGUGCGAGAUUUCUGCGAUGUGCAACGGUACAACAUCCUUAAGGAAGUAGGAAGAAGGAUGGGUCUGGACACAAACAAACUUUCUUCACUGUGGAAAGAUCAAGCUGUUAUAGAGAUUAACAUCGCUGUGCUUUAUAGCUUCCAAAAGCAAAAUGUCACCAUCAUGGAUCACCACUCUGCUGCUGAGUCCUUCAUGAAAUACAUGCAGAAUGAGUACCGUGUUCGAGGAGGUUGUCCGGCAGACUGGGUUUGGCUUGUGCCUCCGAUAUCAGGGAGCAUUACCCCAGUAUUUCACCAGGAGAUGCUGAACUAUGUGCUUUCACCAUUCUAUUACUACCAGGAGGAUGCUUGGAAAACUCACGUCUGGCAUGAUGAAACACGCAGGCCAAAGAAAAAGGAGAUAAAGUUUAGUGUUUUUGCAAAGGCUGCAUUCUUUGCCUCUUCACUGAUGCGGAAAACAAUGGCAGCCAGGUCUAAAGCAACUGUGAUAUAUGCGACAGAGACAGGGAAAUCUGAAACCCUGGCCAACAACCUGCGUGACUUAUUCAACUGUGCCUUCAAUACCAGGAUUCUUUGUAUGGAUGACUAUAAGAUCAGUGACCUGGAGAAAGAAAAUCUCCUUCUGGUGGUGACCAGCACUUUUGGAAAUGGAGAUUCACCUGGCAAUGGAAAGAAACUGAAGGAUUCCCUGUUCGCUAUGAAAAAGCUGAACAAAAAACUCAGAUAUGCUGUAUUUGGCCUGGGAUCAACCAUGUAUCCAGAGUUCUGUGCCUUCGCUCAUGCCAUUGACCAAAAACUCGCACAGCUAGGUGCCUCUCAGAUCACCGCAACGGGUGAAGGGGAUGAACUCAAUGGGCAGGAAGAAGCCUUUCGUGCCUGGGCAGUGAAUGCAUUCAAGACUGCCUGUGAGAUCUUUGACGUCCGUGGGAAAAACAGCAUUCAGGUACCCAAGAUGUAUACCGCUGAUGAGUCCUGGAAUCCUAAGAACUACAGGGUGGUGUAUGACUCCCAGGCUUUGGACUUGAGUAAAGGACUUGCUGACAUACAUGCAAAGAAUGUAAUUCCAAUGAAGCUCAAAUUUAGGCAGAACCUGCAAAGUUCAAAAUCCAGUCGUGUUACCAUCCUUGUUAAGCUUUCCUGUGAGUCUAAUCAGGAAAUGCAGUACCUGCCCGGAGAUCACGUUGGGAUUUUCCCAGGCAACCAGCCAGAAUUAGUUCAGGGCAUCACUGAGCUUCUUAAAGAUGCACCCCCAGCUGAUCAGACCGUCCGACUGGAAACCUACAAUGAUGGUGGCUACUGGACAAGUGACAAGAAAAUUCCACCCUGCACACUCUCAGAAGCCUUGACAUACUUCCUGGAUAUCACCACCCCACCCUCACAGCAGCUGCUAAAAAAGCUCUCCCAGCUGGCAGCAGAGGAAGGAGACAAACAGAGACUGGAAGUCUUAUGUCAUAGCUUAGAGAAGUACAACGACUGGAAGUUUUUCAACAGUCCCACCAUCCUGGAGGUCCUGAAGGAAUUCCCUUCCAUUAAGGUCUCAACACCUUUCUUGCUGACUCAGUUGCCUUUGCUGAAGCCCAGGUACUACUCCAUCAGCUCCUCACACGACAUGUCACCCAGAGAGGUCCAUCUGACAGUUGCGGUGGUCAACUACAGGACAAAGGAUGGUCAAGGUCCCUUACAUCAUGGAGUUUGCAGUACAUGGCUGAAUACAUUAAAUCUCAGUGAAUCAGUCCCAUGCUUUGUACGCAGUGCUGCCGGAUUCCAGCUCCCGAAGGACCCAUCCACGCCAUGCAUUCUGAUUGGCCCAGGGACAGGAAUUGCUCCAUUCAGAAGCUUCUGGCAGCAGCGUCUCCAUGACUUGGAAAAGAAAGGAAUCAAAGGCAGCGGCAUGACAUUACUGUUCGGCUGCCGGCGAUCAGAUACGGAUCACAUCUACGGAGAAGAAACUGAGGAGAUGAAGAGAAUGGGAGUACUCAAAGAGGUCUACACUGCUUACUCCAGGCAGCCUGGCCAAGCAAAAGUCUAUGUUCAAGACAUUCUUCGGAGCAAGCUGGAGGCAGAAGUGCACCAAGUCAUUCAUGAAGACAAAGGGCAUCUGUAUGUCUGUGGAGAUGUGCGCAUGGCCAGGGAUGUUGCCCAGACCUUGAGGGAGAUGUUUGCUAAGAGACUGAAGCUGACAGAGGAGCAGGCUGAAGAAUACGUCUCCCAGCUCAAGAGCCAGAAGCGAUACCAUGAAGACAUAUUUGGGGCUGUGUUUCCACGUAACCACAAACGAGAUGGAAAAGCUUCAAAACCCACCAGCCAAAGAACAGAUCAGCAGUUAACAUUUUAAUCAAAAUUUGCACACGCGUUGUUAUUUUCAAACAGCAAGGGGCCAAGUCUUUCUGAUGCAUGUCAAUGAUGCGCAUGUGUCUGAGAGUAGUCCUUGGCCCUUUCAGGUUUAGCUUUAGGUCAACACAAAAAACUAAAUGUAUUUUAUUUAAUUAAAUCCAUAUUCUUAUUUAUUCUGUGAUUUCUUUUUAAUGAAUAUUUUGUUACAAUCUGGAUAGUCAAAGGCAGAUUAUUUUUUUUAACCCUGUCUAGAAUAGGGUGUGCUCUGGCUAGCUGAAAAUACAGAAAAAAAUCUGCUGCUUCUGCUGCUGAAGAAAAUUAAGAUUUUUUUUUAAUGUAUGAUUGCAAGUCCAAGCAGUUUUGUGAAAUAGAUUUUUUUCUAUACCUUUGUGUAUUUAUAUGAGACUGUUUUACUGGGUAUGCAGUUGCCCCCUCACAGCAAGUUGCUGCCUGUUUUGUCUUCUUGUGUGGACGGCCUUGAUUUUAGCAGAGAUUGCAAAUGAAGUAAUAAUAUAACCAUUCCAGCAUGGGAAUAUCUUACAUACAGAUGGAGAGGUUGCCACACUUGGAUCUGAAACUGCUGUUUAUAGAGCCCCCAUCAGUGGGGUUCCAAACUAUGCAUAAGCACUUUUGUACAUUUGAAUUCUGUACUCUUGACUUGACUGAUUUAUAAUAAAUGGUGCCUUUGUACUGUGAAAAA